AUGCAGGUGAUUCCGCUUUCUAAAAAAGUGAUCAAGCAAAUUGAUACUAGGUGCCGCUCGUUUAUUUGGGCCGGUAGUGGAGAUGUUUCUAGGAAAGCUCCUAUUUUUUGGAAAUGGGUUUGUACUAGCAAGAAUCAAGGUGGUCUCAACUUGGUUGACUUGGAGGAUUGGAAGACUGCUCACUUGAUGAAGCUUCUUUAG